AUGUUUGAUGAAAUUCGCUAUGAAAUUAAUGGUGUAGAAAUAGAUAGAACACGAUAUUUGGGCAUUUCAAGUAUUUUAAAAAACUACAUUUCAAUAAAUAGUAUUGAAAAUAAUAUGAUGCUGAAUGCUGGCUGGAGCAAAGAAACCGAUUUGAACAAGCAGAAGUUCAAUUUUUAUGUGCCACUAAAUAAGUUAUUAGGAUUUUCUGAGGAUUUCACGAAAGUUGUUUUAAAUUGUAAACAUGACCUUAUACUCCUACGAAGUUCCACUGAUUUGAAUGCCUGCUAUUUAACUACCCAAACGGAAAAAGUUAAAAUUAAUAUAACGAAUAUAACAUGGAGAAUUCCCCAUGUUCAUAUCUCAGAUGAAACGAAGCUAAAAAUAAUGAAAACAAUUAAAGAUGGAAAGACUAUACCAAUCACGUUUCGUAGCUGGGAUUGUCAUUUUAAUCCUACAUUUCCCGGUGCAGUCAAGUGCAAUUGGAACGUUAAACUUUCUGUAAAUAGGGAGAGACCACGUUUUUUAGUAUUUGCAUUUGAAAAUAACAAAAAAUUUAUCCAUUGUAACUUAACAAAUUUCAAAGUACAUUUAAAUUCAGAUAUUUACCCAUACGAUGAUCUUAAUAUAAAAUUUGAUGAUAAUCGUUAUGCAGUUCUUUAUGAUAUGUAUGCAAGAUUUCAACAAAGCUUUUAUUUGAAGGAACCGCAACCUCUCCUGUCAUGUGAUGAAUUCAAAGAAACCCCUAUAACUGUAAUUGAUGUUAGUCAUCAAAAUGAGACAAUAAAAGCCGGGCCUAUUGAUGUUAAAAUUGAAUUCGAAACCAGCCAAUCCAUUCCUGAAAAUACGUCGGCAUAUUGUUUAAUAAUACACGAUCGUUUCAUCGAAUACACACCUUUGACUGGAACUGUUCGAAAAAUCAUUUAA